GCCGCUGCGCCUGCUCGGCCUGAGCGGCAUGGCGGCCUCCGCGUGGCUGGAGGCCGGCUUGGCCCGGGUGCUCUUCUACCCGACGCUGCUCUACACCGUGUUUCGAGAGAAGGUGCCCGGCCGGGCGCACCGCGACUGGUACCAUCGCAUCGACCCCACGGUGCUGCUGGGCGCGCUGCCGCUGCGGAGCAUGACGAGCCGGCUGGUGCUGGACGAGAACGUGCGCGGGGUGAUCACCAUGAAUGAGGAGUAUGAAACCAGGUUCCUGUGCAACUCCUCCAAGGAGUGGAAGAAUGUAGGAGUUGAGCAGCUGCGGCUGAGCACUGUGGACAUGACUGGGAUCCCCACCUUGGCCAACCUCCAGAAAGGAGUCCAGUUUGUUCUCAAGUACCGGUCACUGGGCCAGUGCGUCUAUGUGCAUUGUAAGGCUGGGCGCUCCAGAAGUGCCACUAUGGUGGCAGCAUAUCUGAUUCAGGUGCACAACUGGAGCCCAGAAGAGGCCGUAAGUGCCAUCACCAAGAUCCGAUCACACAUCCACGUCAGACCCGGCCAGCUGGAAGUUCUCAAAGAAUUCCACAAGAUUUCUUCAGGGGCAGCAAACAACACUGCUGACACAGCCAAGCUGUGAAGCACAGACACCAAGGUGUGUUGGAGCCGGUCCCGAGGCAAAGGUGCACACCACUCCCAGUCAACAGUGGCAUUAUUGCACUUCCACAUGCGCCGUGGGAUGGAUCCACCCACCACAUACAAGUCGCCACCAUGGUUGCAGGCUGCAGUGAUCUGGUGACACAAGCUGUUCUGUCCACUUACACUGAUGGAGUCAUCUUCUGCACAGUGCAAGGACACAGCCAGAGAGUGUGUACGAGAUGACUCCUUCCCAAUAAGGUAAAUGUGCACAUUUUCCCCAAUUUCCUGUUGGCAAAAUUAAAAAGAAAAAAAGACAUCUUUAAGGUCCUGG